GAGUGGGACGACUUUGGGGCUUUCGACAAGCCAACGGAAAUCAUGAAAUCAGCAGAGCAGGGAGACAAUGACAUGGAGAUUAGGGAUCAGUUAACCUCUGGGUAGCUGGCUUGUUUGCUCACUGACCGUGACUUCCUGCUUUUUACAAAGGCGCACGAGACACAACUUGUUGCGUGCGCUAUGGGAUGUCAACCAUUCUCGCCCUGACACUGUAGUUGUGUACUUGAGUCAAACGUCAGAUCAGUAACAUCAGUAGUUUUACUACCGCGCCCACCUUCUUUCGUAAUAGGUGCAGCCAAGUAUCGAGCAGGAUUUACGUUUACGCUGGUGACUAGACAACCGAGGUGAUAUCAUCUGACGGCUGACAACGAUCCUAGAAUGUGUUGCGUGUACAGUGAUGAAAUACCUUUUUUAAAAAAAAAAAAUUCCACCUGAAGGCUGUGACGCGCUUGGACUCUGACCUCACCUGGUUUUAUUGCUCAAGCAAGGACUUUCAACGGCAACACACUUGGAAGUCAGCUGAGAAAAUGGGAGUUACCACAAGGAAGGAUUAUUGAAGACUAUCUUGAUGCAAAAAGUCCUGUUGUGUCACUGAGGAAAAUCCCAGAUUGCCACAGUUGGUUUAAGAGCCAUUGAAGUCUUCUCUGCAGCAGUUGAACAAGCCUCAUCAUGUCAAGUUUGUCAAGGUUCAGGUAUGAGGUAAAACCAAGUUUCAUGGCAGAUUUGAGUGUGCAAGCCUGGAGUGCAAAUAUUCCGUAUUUGCUCAAGAACAUAGAUGCCUAAGAUGCCUCCAAAUUGUCAAAUUCCAAGUGUUGACUGUUGAACGAAGGACAUACCAAAGGGUUCUACAACUUUGCUGAUCAUCUUAAUUGGACAUUACAAAAAAACUGUUAAUUCCGCAUUAAAGACUGCCAAGAUGCCACUUCGAGCAUCCUUGCACAGAAAGCCAACCGCUGGCCAUUGGUCAAGCAGACACUCAAAGCGCAGAGAGGUUCUAUCUGUCAACAUGAUCAGUUUACCUCUUGCUGAUUUCCGCCAUAUUUCACAUAUUGGUACAAACGCCCAGAGAGACAGCUUUGGAGACCUUUCCUUCCUAAAAGUGGGCCACAGUAUGCUUCUACAAAGCUCCUUAAGUGAGCAAAAUCUCUUCUUGGCCUGCUCGCCACCACCAAAGCCGCCUCGUCUGAAUAUGGAGGCGGAGGGCUCGGAGAGCUCCGACUGGCCUGUGGACCUUCGAGAGAAUUCCAACCAGAAGAGGAAGAAAUGCAUUUCUAUGCCACUACUGGACAGCGAGGAAGGUGAGGAUGAAUUGGCGAGCAGCCACGAAAAAGGAACCGACGUUGCAACCAAUCAGUUUUCCAAAGCUGGAUGGGACAACUUGAGUGCAGACAUAAAUGGAGACUCCUCGGUGGUCGGUGACGAAAUUGAAGGAAAACAGAAAGAGGAGGACAAUGGCUUUUCUUUUAGCCUCGACCUGGGUCCGUCCAUUUUGGACGAUGUUCUGCAGGUGAUGGAUAAACUUCAACAGUGAAUGAAAUGGAACGCGGAACAAAGAGGAAUGCCAUAACUCUUGGGAGAACCAUGUUAAGAACCAAGAGAUACAUUUGCUGACCCACUCAAAGGUAGACCAACCCCCAUCUCUUAUUCCAUUGCCUGUGGUGGCAGGUUUCGCUGUAGCCCAAGCCAGGCCACAGGUCCAAGACCUCAGAGACGAGAAAAAAAAAAAAACCUGAGCGGGCUGUUUUCUUAGCUGCAAACUGAGUCCCAUACUUUGGUGAAUGGCACACGAGAGAGAAAGUGAUACUUCCACACAUGCGGGGGGUGUCGAGGGAAGAGAACCAGAGACAUCCAUUACAGCUGUAAAAGUCUUGAUGAGGAAUUAAACACAACCAUCUGACCAAACAAACCUCUGACAUGAAAAAUAUAUCACACACUCUUGCCCACAUGAAAAAGGUACAUGCAAAUGUGGGCACAUAGAAUUAAGAAGAGAAGCUACAUCUCCAGUCAGUCAUCCUUCAUUGGAGAUAGAAAGAUGGUAGUGUCAAUUUGUGGGGUAAAUCCAAAAUAUGCCACAUACCAAAGUGCCACAAAAGUCAAAGCCAAAAUGUGCCACAUAUCAAAGUGCCACAUGGGUCAUGCGUGAACCACAAGCAUCCCAUUGCUAAAAAAUAGAAUUUGAAUUUUUUGCAUGUCCGACGGAAACGGCAAUGUUGUGGGCAUGUCUGCACUGUAUUGGUUGGGAUUUCUCCUAUUUUUAAGUGAGUUUCAUUGUCCCUGAUUGUUUUUAUAUUUGAAAUCAGAAAAACAUAUUGCGAAAUAAAACAUGUACCGUUUUGUAUUUUGGAGACGUAAAGAAAUGUAUAUUUAAAAUUCCAACACAAAUGGUUUUGUGGCCAAAACUACUUUUUGUCAACAAAUAAAAAGGAUGACAAGACAUUACUCUAGAUUUUUAAAGAAAAAUCCAUUGUGACGAAAUUAGUCUUGGUUUGCCAUAAUUAAGGAAAUUAAGAAACAUUUUUAUGUGCAGAAUAAAUUAUUUUCACUAUUUAAAAAACAGAAGUCUUUAUUUUAGUGGUGCACUGUGAGGAAAAAGCAUAUUGAGCAAUGGUCAAUAAAAGGUACUGCAGGCAAUUUGCAUGAAAUGGUAUAGACAUAAUACCCUGUCUGAUACAACGGUGGUUUAAUCAAAGUUUGUUUGUCGGCGAAAAGAACCAUGAUGUAAAGCUAAAUUUGAAAAGGUAAACAUAAUAAAUUCUGGUAUUUUACAUGAAGUCAUUUGUGGGGGUAAAAUGUGACAAAUCACAAACUACAAGUGCAAUGAUAUGGCCUGCACAGCAUAAAUCUCAAUCACAUCUGCUUUUGCUUCUCUCCAUCCAAACAUGUAAACUUGCUGUCACACAGAAUACAAAAAACGCCGUCAUCUGAGUAUGGCUCUUAUGAUUGAUGCAUUUUGUCAGGGAUGAAAUAAACACUGAAAAUAUCGUUUUGGCAAA